GGCUGCUGUCAGCCGCUCCGGUGGGGACGGUGGCAGCCGGCAGUAGCGGCGGGGUCUGCCUUAGCCGCCAGCGGGGACCCAGUGCUGCCCCGCAGCGCCCGCCCGUUCCAUCGCACACUGUUGUCAUGGAGGAACCAAGAUGGCGGCGCUGGCCUACACCGGGGGCAAGCGGGAGAUCAACUACUACUUCAGCGUGAGGAGCGCCAAGGUGCUGGCGCUGGGCGCCGUCCUGCUCCUCACCGCCUGCCACGCUGCCUCCCGCCGCUACCGAGGUGGUGAUACGUGUGAGUAUCUUCUGUCCAGUGGGAGAUUUCUUGGAGAAAAAGUAUGGCAACCCCACAGUUGUAUGAUGCAUAAGUAUAAAAACAGUGAAGCAAAAAAUUGCCUCAUAGACAAACAUGUUGUGUUUAUAGGAGAUUCUAGAAUUCGACAGCUGUUCUAUUCAUUUAUAAAACUCAUAAAUCCUCAAGUCAAAGAAGAAGGAAAUAAGCAUGGAAAUAUCCCAUUUGAAGAUAAAUCUGCUUCAAUUAAAGUGGAUUUCCUGUGGUAUCCAGAAGUUAAUGGCUCUAUGAGACAACGUAUCAAAUCUUGGACUGAGAGUUCUGUGGCAAAACCUCAUAUAAUUGUAGCAGGAGCUGCCACGUGGUCUAUCAAGAUUCAUAAUGGCAGCAAUGAAGCCCUCACACAGUAUAAAAUCAAUAUCACUUCAAUUGCACCUCUUUUGGAAAAACUAGCGAAAACUAGUGAUGUUUACUGGGUCUUACAAGAUCCUGUUUAUGAAGAUAUGCUGAGCGAAAGUCGGAAAAUGAUCACUAAUGAGAAAAUAGAUGCUUACAAUGAAGCAGCUGUUCAUAUUCUGAACAGCAGCUCCAGAAAUUCCAAAGCUAAAGUUAAAGUGUUCAGUGUAUCGAAAUUGAUAGCACAAGAAACUAUCAUGAAGUCUACAGAUGGUCUGCAUCUGCCUGAAUCAAGCAGAGAUACAAAUGCGAUGAUUCUGAUGAAUGUCUACUGCAAUAAGAUAAUGAAGCCCAUUGAUGGCUCCUGCUGCCAGCCUCAGCCUCCUCUCACUCUGAUACAGAAGUUAGCUUUCUGUUUCUUUACUUUGUCCAUUAUUGGAUAUUUAAUUAUCAGUUUAAUUCAUCGGAAUAAUUAUCGGAAGAGCAAAUCAUGCACUGAUUUGGAAAGUGGAGAGGAGAAGAAACCUGCCGUCGGCACUCCUAAUGUUUCUACUUUAGAGAUGCUCUUACAGUCCUUCUGCAAACUUGGUCUAAUCAUGACCUAUUUUUAUCUAUGUGACAGAGCAAAUCUUUUCAUGAAGGAAAAUAAAUUUUAUACACAUUCAUCUUUCUUCAUACCAAUCGUCUAUAUCUUGGUUUUGGGGGUAUUUUAUACUGAAAAUACUAAAGAGACUAAAGUGUUAAAUAGAGAGCAGACUGAUGAAUGGAAGGGCUGGAUGCAACUUGUUAUUUUGAUUUAUCAUAUCUCUGGAGCAAGCACUUUUUUGCCUGUGUACAUGCACAUUCGAGUUUUGGUUGCUGCAUAUCUGUUCCAAACAGGUUAUGGACACUUCUCAUAUUUUUGGAUAAAAGGGGACUUUGGUGUAUACAGAGUUUGUCAGGUUUUAUUUCGUCUCAAUUUCUUGGUUGUGGUAUUGUGCAUAGUGAUGGACCGACCUUAUCAGUUUUACUACUUUGUGCCAUUAGUCACUGUCUGGUUUAUGAUCAUUUAUGCCACCUUAGCUAUAUGGCCUCAGAUAGUCCAGAAAAAGGCAAAUGGAAACUGCUUGUGGCACUUUGGUUUACUGCUGAAACUGAUUUGCUUACUGACAUGUAUAUAUUUUUUGUCAUAUUCUCAGGGUGCAUUCGAGAAGAUAUUUUCCUUUUGGCCACUGUCCAAGUGUUUUGAACUGAAUGGGAAUGUCUAUGAAUGGUGGUUUAGGUGGAAGUUGGAUCGCUAUGUGGUUUUUCAUGGGAUGCUGUUCGCUUUUAUUUAUCUGGCAUUGCAGAAACGUCAGAUGAUAUCAGAAGGAAAAGGAGAUCCUCUUUUCUCCAACAGAGUUUCAAAUGUUUUAUUAUUUAUUUCAAUUGUAUCCUUUUUGGCCUACUCUAUUUGGGCUAGUAGCUGUAAAAACAAGACAGAGUGCAAUGAGCUACACCCUUCUGUUUCUGUGGUGCAGAUUUUAGCUUUCAUCCUCAUCAGGAACAUUCCUGGCUACAUCCGAUCUGUGUAUAGCUCAUUCUUUGCCUGGUUUGGCAAAAUUUCUCUAGAGCUUUUCAUUUGUCAGUACCAUAUUUGGCUGGCAGCAGACACAAAGGGGAUCUUGGUGCUCAUUCCUGGAUAUCCGAUGUUUAAUGUUCUUGUCAGCACUUUCAUAUUUGUGUGUGUGGCACAUGAAAUUUCUCAGAUCACCAAUGAUCUGGCACAGAUUGUGGUUCCUAAAGACAACUCAACUCUGCUGAAAAGGUUGCUGUGUGUAGCUGGAUUUUUCUCUGGACUACACCUCUUCUCAGCAAUGCAAGAUCAGUCAAGACAUUGACUUGAAAAGAUUCUUGGAAACUUUCUUCAGGUUUAUUUUGUGUCUGCCUGAACAAAAAUUCUCAACUGGAGACACAAGAAGACAUUUAAAUUGUGUGGAAAAUAAAUGUAUAUAGUGCAAAUGUACAUAUUUUGUGUGGAAACAGCCUUCUCAAACAAUCUGAGAGCCAAGAAUGCACUGUACAGAAUUGCAUGUGAAAAUGAGUCUUUUCUACUGGAUAUAUGUUCCUGUUUACAUACAUGUUUAAACGUGACAUGAAGAAGUGAAGUUAAAUGGUUGAGCACUACCGUGGGCAUAUCAUGGAAUUACCUUUAACAUGGGUCAGCCGAACAAAGAGUGGAUGUUACUGGAGAACCGCCCUCACGUGACACAUGCCGGAAUCAUUCUCAUCAAGGAAUAAAGAAGAGCAAAGGUGUGAUGCUUCAGUAACGGUCACCUUUAGCUGAUGUGAAACAUGAAGUUACUGGUAAACCAGGGCAUUUUUCUGAACAAAUGGUAAUGUAGAAAUGAGUAUCUUGGGUGGAGAUAGUGUAUGUUAUGUGAAACCCUUUAUACGCAGGAAUAAAAAGUCAUCACCAAUUCAGCAAUUUAAGAUUGUAUACAAGUUUACAUAACAGUUUAUGGGGUUUUCUUUUUGUUUUUUUUUAAAUUUGAGAUGUUUUCAGCAAAUAUGGUGAAUUCUGAGGUGAUUUUUUUUUCCCUAAAAUUGUUUGCUUUUUCAUACAUUUUCCACUAACUCCUGUAACUCUGUGCAGUUCUUUGUAAAAUCUCAGUGAACAAACAGAUUAAUAAUUUUCAGAGACUCAGUUCAAGAUGGAGAAUUUUUUCCAACCGUUUCUGGUCAGAGGGAAUGCCGUCGUAACCACUCCAUCAGAUCUGAAGGGAGAACAGGGGAAUGGUGAUCUUUGAACCUCUGAGUUGUGGGUGACCUUGAACUAGGUCUCAUUGGGGAACUGGUGCCAUAUUUUAUCCUGUAAUAAUACUUUAACUUUCAGGAAUGCAAGUCAGCCUAUUGAUAUCACGAGGAAGAGGGACUGUGGUCAUCUUGUUGCGUGCAGAUGGCUGAGUCUCUGAAUUACAAAUGAAAUGAGAUUGGAGCUACUUGGAGGAACCUUUUCCCCCACCCAUUUUAAGAGUGCCCAUCUUUCUUACAAACUCUUUGCUUUAGCAUAAAAACUAAAACUGAAAGAAUGGCCCUUCAGUGUGGCAGUGACAAGCUGCAAUUUAUGUUCCACUUAGUGAAGUUAUGGUCAUUUCUUUAGUGUUUGUGGUUUUGGUUCAUGUCACAGCUUGACCUCUGGUUGCUUUUUCAUUUUAUUCUUCUACUGAUCACUUACUAUCAGUCAAAAACGCAAACACAGUAUUAUUUUCUAAGCAUUUGUGCAAUUACAUAUGAUUAUAAACAAUAUGAAUCCUAAUUUGUACCAUACAUACUAUCAUAGAAUAGGUUUGGGUUGGAAAGGAUCACCUAGUUCCUUCCACUAGACCAGGUUGCUCCAAGCCCUGUCCAGCCUGGCCUUGAACACUGCCAGGGACAGGGCAGCCACAGCUUCUCUGGGCAACCUGUACCAAUGUCUCACCAUGUCACGUACAUGGCUUUGAUCUUAUCCCAGUUUAAAAACUGAAUUCAAACUUGCAGCCACCAAUGUGUGUGAAAGAAAAAAAAAAAAAAGUGAAAAGAAUGGCUUCAGAUUUUUUGGUUGGGAACAGUUUCUUUUAAAGAUUGACCAGCUCAUCAUAAAAAAAGAAAUCAUUCACUUCCCUCAAAUUCAGCAGUUUUACUGCAAGCUAUUCUGAAGCUAUGGGAAAGAGACUCAGCUAUUUGUUCUUCGCAUGUGUAACUUCCAACACUUGGAAAGUCAACCUACUUAACUGGCUGCAAGAAACGGUGCUGGCAAACGCUGCAGUGGGGGCAGGAUGCAUAACCUCCAUCUAUGCCAGUAUUAGGAGCAACGGGGAAACUGUGAGUUUGAGAGAGACUUUCUGUUUUGUUCUUCACAACUUAAGUAUUGUAGAUAUAAUUUUAUUUAACUUUUGUACAGACUUGGUUAAAAGAUUUAUUUUUAAUGUUUGCAAUAAUGCACUUGUUUACUAUUACUGUAUGUGGGGUAAAUAUAUUUUCUUUUCAGGUCAUGUAAAAAUAUGAAGUAAUUUAAACAUUAAAUAAACGUGCUGUGGAUGCUUA